AUGCCUGUCGCGGCCCCUCCGCCCGCUCAUCUCGGCGGCCCAUCAGAAGCAUUUGAACAAAUUCGCGCAGAGAACCGUGCAGUGGGACGUCUUUUCUGUGAUGCUACCUUCCCAGCCGACGAAUCCAGUCUCUAUUAUAGUCGUCGACCCCCUUGCAAUAUUGUUUGGAUGCGACCACCAGAAAUAGUAUCCGCAAUGUGCCGCACUGAUGUGUUGGGCAUUGCUCCACGAAAAAUAAACUACCCCGAAUUUAUUUCCGAUGGAGCAAUUCGAUUAGGUGACCUGCGACAAGGCGAACUUGGUACGUUUUUGCACUGUGUGCUUGCAUUGGUCAAUCUUUGA